GCAUUGUGUGCUUUUGUUUUCAAAUAUGAAACAUGUAGAACAGGUCUGUACCCUGGUGUGAUAUUUUUAAGUGAUUUGUUUGAAGUAUCUGCACACAUUCUCAUAUUGUCUCCAUUUGAGAAUGCUGUGUUAUGCUUUGAGAGUGUCGCAGAUGGACCAAGAUAGCGCAGGAAGUGGGUAAAGAUAAAUAGAUUGUGUUCACUAUGCUACUCUACUGAUAAGUCAGACGAGGCAUGUUUGUUUAUUAGUUGGAACAGAAGAAUGAGGGCUCUAGUUUGUCGUGAAACAUUGUCAUUGAAGGGGUCAGGUGUUUGUGUUCAACAUUGCUGGGAAAGCGCUUCCACAUUUUCGGUUUGCCUCAUGCAGGCAUUAAUGUAUUUUAGCAGAUAAAUCACACAUAUUUAGUGGCAGAAAGAAUGAAAUGAAACAUUAUUCUUACUCUUCAAUAAUGUGCAACUCCAUUGAAGCAAUUUUGACCCUGCUGUAGGCCUACUUUAGCCCUAGCCAAUCACAUAAUUCUCCCUCUCUUCUAUCAUAGUGUCAGUAAGGAUUGUCCAGGAACAACAUAGCCACGUACACCACGUUAAUGUAGCAAUUUGUUGCGGGCACUAGUCAGACACUGUUGAUGGCACAACAGUGUCUAGGUUUUUUUCUUCUUGCCUCGUCUCGUCAGAACAGCUGCUCCAGAGCAGGUAUGAGACCAGGUCAUCGGGACAGGCUUUGACAUGCUGUGGACACUGAUAGGAAAGCAUGACUGCCCCUUGAUAAGGAAAGGCACGGCGGCUAUAGCUAGACAGCUACACAUUUCUAUAACCUAGAAGGAAGACGUCGACCGAGUGGUAUGUGAAGCAGUUGGCCUCGGCUGUUCUUCUACGUGUGACUGCGUGUACAGAGCAUGACAUACCAUUCCUUUCACUGUGGAGCAGGUUUUGUAGGCCUUUGGAUGCUAAAUCAUCCGUCUACGUGAUGGCAAAGCAGGUGUUGAUGGCCGUGUGUGUCGAUUUGAUUGACGGCUGAAAUACCAAGAUCAUGAAGGAGGGCUGAACCGAUGUCCAACGCCACCGCCACCACCUCCGCCCUCGGGCCCCCCAGCCAGCAGCUCUUCUGCCCCCUGAUGGUGGCCAUGUGCAAGCACUCCCUCAACAACAACACGGGCGCCAACCGGGUCGUGGUGUCGGUCCUGGGCCUCGUCUCCUGCCUGGGCAUCCUGGAGAACGCCCUGGUCCUGUGGGUGGUGGGCUUCCGCCUGCGCCAGCGCACCGUGGCCUCCGUCUGGGUGCUGAACCUGGCCCUGUCCGACUUCCUGGCCACCCUGACGCUGCCCCUCUUCACCCACUACCUCCACUCCAACCACAGCUGGGAGCUGGGCGGCGCCCUCUGCUCCGCCCAGACCUCCGUCUUCUUCCUCAACAUGUUCGUGUCGGCCUUCCUGCUGGCCGCCAUCUCCCUGGACCGCUGCCUCCUGGUGGUCAGGCCCGUGUGGAGCCAGAACCACCGCUCGGUGGCGACCGCCUGGAAGGUGUGCGCCCUGGGCUGGGCGUGGGCGGCGGUCAACACCUUGCCCUACUUCCUGUUCCGCUCGGUGGUGACGAAGCUCGACGGCAGGAAGCUGUGCUACCACAAUUUCGCCUUGUACACGUCCUCCGAGGACACGCUGGGGAGGGUCUGCGAGGUGCGGCAGGCCUCCACCGGCAUCUCCAAGAUGCUGUUUGCGUUCCUGGCGCCCCUGGUGGUGAUCGCAGGGAGCUACAUCCUGUUUUGGGUCAGCCUGAGCAAGAGGCAGAUGAGGAGGAAGCAAAGUGGCUGCACGCUAGCCGGAGGGUUGAUGGAGAAGGGGGCGGUGACCGUCAAGGCUCCGGAUGCCGGCAAACCUUUCUUCACGCGGCAAACAUCCACUUCGUUCUUUACUCGGACGCCUGCGCCUCCCGUGUCGCCCUCCACGCGCCCGAAGCACCCCAAGAACAACCUGCUGUCCCAGAGCUUCACCAAGAUGGUGACGUCGGUGAUCGCGGCGUUCAUACUGUGCUGGGCGCCGUACCACAUCUUCUGCCUCAUCGAGGUGUCGGCCCACUAUUGGCCCCCGAGGGUGAAGCUGGUGGAGGUGGGGCUGCCCUUUGCCACCUUGUUUGCGUUCCUGAACCCCGUGUUGAACCCCAUCCUGUACGCCUUCAGCUGCCCCAACUUCUGCGUGCGGAUCCGCCACAGCCUAGGGGCGCUGUUCGAAGGCCUGGUGGAGGAGGACGGGAGCAGAGGGCUCGGCAAGACGAUGCGACAGAGGAGGAGGAGCAGCGUUCGGGACCUAAACCUCACGUGAACCUCCGGGAUCACCAAACCAUUCAGGGGAAUCAGGCCUGGCCCCGCAUUCGCUUGACCCCUUCACCUCCCCGCCCUGCUCCGCCAGCUUACGACAAGUACUAAAGAUGCCAGUGCUAGGACCAAGUUCUGAAUGAUAACAGUUAAAUGGACUGCAUUUAUAUAGCGCUUUUUUUAACCAGUGGGAGCUCAAUGCGCUUUACAAUGCUGCCUUACGUUCACCUAUUCAUGAACACAUUCACACGCCGACGGCGGAGUCAGAAAGAAAUGGCGACAGCCAGCUCGUCGGGAGCAGUGAGGGUGAGGUGUCUUGCUCAGGGACACCUUGACACUCAGCUAGGAGGAGCCGGGGAUCGAACUAGCAACCCUCCGGUUACCAGCCGACCCGCUCUAUGUUCUUAGCCUCAUGCCGACCAGUUGAACAUUAAAGGUGCAAUGUUUAGGAUCUUACAUUGAGGUUGCAUGUUGCAACAAACUGAUCCUUUUACCUUGUCAUUGCCCAUGACUUAGCCGAAGCUACAGUGGCUUGUACUGGCAUGUAGUUGGUCCUAGCUUAAAACUAAGAUAGUCAUUAUGGUUACACAUUACAACACGACCUCUAAAGUAUUUUGUCCGGUCUUGGCUACUGUAGCAACUUGGUGGUGAAACACCACCGAGUAUAAAUCUAAAUAGCGAGCUCCCGCUCCCUAUUUAGAUAGGACUAUAUCCAAAUAGGAUUAUUAUUAGAUUCUUAUUUUCAUGGAUUAUGCACUAAUUAAAACAUGCUUAUGAAUAUUCUAUUCCAUUUCUGCCAAGUCAGUUCUGAUAGUUGUUACUAAAUUCUAUGUAUUGUACCUUUAAUAAUAUUUAGCUUCAAGCUAAGUCAAGCUUACACUUACUGAAACGCCCAAAACCAGCAUUUCCACUUGUCUAUGCAGCAAUGAAUUUCUGUCUUAAAUUAGGCUUCAUCCUGUCACUUCCUGUUAUAAAUGGCUGAUUAUGAUGUUCACAAUUGGCUGAAACCCUGGCUAUCAGACGAGUUUCAAAAUAAACAUUAGUACCCAAAAAAAAUGCUACCUGUCAGGGCGUAGAUUGGCGAUUCACUCGCUGCGGAAAUGAAAGUGACAGUCCUGAUUGUUGUUAGGGCAGUUUGCGUGUUGUUGGAAAUUGUUUAAGUAAAAAAGAUCAAAGGACUGAUGAAUUGUGACAAAACACAUAGAAAAGUGACAAUGUGAACUUGUUCACACGCCAACAGAUGUAACCUUAUCACCUUAUUUGUAACCCUUUAACUAAAAUUAAGGCAAACUAAUAACAAACACAACUGGAGCAACUUAAAACAAGUUUUAACAAGGGGUUAAUCAGAUAAUAAUCUGUGUGGUUGAUAGUCGGAUUGCAUUGUUGCAUGAACUUUGUCACGCCUGCAUCAAACACUCCUUUGUGCACGAGCAAACUUGCACACCCAGUCCCGUGUGACAAGAACCGCUGCGGUAACGCUUACCAUAAUUAAAACAUAAAGAUGAGGAUGUAAAGAUAUAACAAGAGGCAGGCUGGGGGGGGGGUAUUCAAAUGUAAUGGUGGGGAUGUAAAGAUAUCUUAUUGUAAUUUCGAUUUUCUUAAUCAUUGAUUUUCUUAAUCAUCAAUCUUUUCACCUGACCGCUUGCAAUGUCAAGCUCUUUCACCGUUAUACUUCCCUCGCCAGUGUGGUUUGUAAAGCUCAUUGCAACUGAAUAAAGUUGCAUGAACCUUAACUUAUUCAGCAGAAUUAUACUUUGCAUGAACAAAAGGUACAAACUGAAAGAAAAACUAAAUUAGAAAGUGGAAUUUAAACCAGGAUGAAAAGUACACAGACCUAGUCAAUGUGGAAAUCUCGGAAUGGCAUCAUAAUGUUGUCACGCCCAAAGUCAAGUCCAAUCCUGUUGAAGUCAUAACAUCCACACAUAAAGUGACAAGGGUUCUGGAAUCAAUGAAGAUGCAAAAUGAGAUAAGUAUAUUCAUGUUCUCCUUAUCACCCAUGUAUGACUCAAGAAAAUUCUAAAGGAGCAGCCAAAAUAGAUCCCCAUACAGGGAGUCCUCCUCUUCCAGUCAGAAGAGCAGGUAUGCGCACCAUUUAACAUCUCUUACGUGUCAGAGCAUCAUUCCCCGGUGCCCUGAUUGCACUGUUGGAUACAGAGGUGAUUGUAAUCGCACAGACAAAAAAAAUAAUGGAAUUAUAGCUCUGCUUUGAAAGACUUUCAAUAGCAGAAUAAAGACUUCAAUCUCUAAAGGUGUGUUAGUACAGAGUGUCCUAACUGGGACAUUUGACACAAAACAACCAUUAAAACCUAUGAAUACACAUACACACACGAAUACAAGUCCAACUGCCUUCUGCUCCUGUGACAAUCCCAGAUCUAUAUGGAUGUGUAUCUGGUAAGGAGGGGUUGCAGUAUAGUGAGUGAUUAUGAAACAUGUCGGGUAAACGGUUAUUGAUAGAGCUUAUUUUCACAAGUGCGUAUGUCUAGACCAAAAAAAAAUCUAUUUAAGCUUGGACAAUUUUUGGGGUGUUCGGGAGUGGGGGUUGGUGUGGGUGUGUGUGUGUGUGUGUGUGUGUGUGUGUGUGUGUGUGUGUGUGUGUGUGUGUGUGUGUGUGUGUGUGUGUGUGUGUGUUGGUGUGUGUGUGUGUGUGUGUGUUGGUGUGUGUGUGUGUGUGUGUGUGUGUGUGUGUGUGUGUGUGUGUGUGUGUGUGUGUGUGUGUGUGUGUGUGUGUGUGUGUGUGUGUGUGUGUGUGUGUGUGUGUGUCUGACAGUGCGUGCCUAAGCGUUGAUCACUUGCGUUCGGGGACUUCUCUGACCUGUUGAACCAGAAUGAUCCCGCCCCCUCACCCACUGUGUCACCCCUCCUUCUCCCAUCGUAUGGAACUCAAACCUUAAAUCCACGCCCAACAAUGUACAUCCAACCAAUCCAUUAUCCCUGCAUCCAACAUCAUCUCCCCAUCCAACCUCUUCUAUCCAUCUUUUAUCCAACAAUUCAUUCACUCAUCUAUCCAUUAUCCAUCCAUGUUUCAACUUGUGCCCUCCGUUGAUAUAGUCCUAGUAUUCAUCCAUCCAAGCAUCCAUCCAUCCAUCUAUUCAUUCAUUCAUCUACCCAUUCUUGCAUCCCUACACCCCCCCCCCCCCCCCCGUAGCUAAGUCGCUUUGGAUAAAAGCGUCAGUAAAAUCCCCUAAAAUGUAAAUGCUUCCAUCCACAUGUGGGUGUGUAUCUUUUUUGAUAAAGCACACAGAUAUUGACUUGCAUUUUUUCAAAUGAUUUGAUGUAGAAGAGUCAUCGUGAUGAAUGUCUUAGCUACAUUAAUGUUGCAGGGGCACCAUCUACACCAGCGGUCCCCAACCCCCGGUCCGCGGGCCGGUACCGGUCCGUGGGUCAUUUGGUACCGGUCCGCAGAGAAAGAUUAUUUAAAAUUAUUUAUUUUUUUAAGUAAACUCAAUUUACUUUGCAAUGCUAUCACUUUUUUACAUGCCAUAAGUCUAUAUGCAGUUGUUAGAUUGCAUAUAACAUGUUUGCAUUUUUGGCAACCUCUGCGCAACCUCCCCCCCCCCCCCCAACAUGAGAAGGUGAAGCCACGAUACACAGAAUUCAUUCAUUUGGCUCUAAAUUGGUGUUUAAAUAAUGACGUUCAUGGAGCCUUUUCAAAAUUCUCCCAGUGAAAGUAUCUGUCUGGCCUAGCACCAGCAUGGUAAAUAAAGGCAUAUUCAGUC